AUGGAAACUACAGGUCACUAUCCCGAUGAAUUUGAAACAAUUCACCCGUUGUGGUUAGGAAUAAUCAUUUUAUUUGGUGUUAUAAUAAUCAUUUGUAUGUCAUGUUUUCUACGAAGAAAAUAUGGUUCAUCUAUGACUCGUUUAUUCAAUCGAUUGUGCUGUAAAUGUGAAUCCUACCAUGAUCAAAAUCCAAAACAAAAAGCACAGUUAACAAUACCUCAUAUUUAUAAUAGGGCACCAAGGUUUGUUCCUUCUGCAAAUGCAUCGCCUCAAUUACAUAAAUUAGUUCGAGCUAUUCAACUGGCUAGUGCUGAAAAAAAAUUAACUAUUCACCAAGUAGAUAAUAAUGAACACCAUAAUACUGAAAAAGAUUCAUCUCCAAUCGUUGACGACUGUGAUCCUUUCGAGACAUCAUCAUCAUCGUCAUCAUCUCACAGCAUCACUCAACCGCCUCAAGAAAUCGAUAAUCAUAGAAAUUGUGAAGCAGCUAGAAGACUAUAUGCAAGUAUGCGGCAAACAAGCCAAUGCAAAAAUUCUACUUCAAUUGAAAGUGCCGAUCUCGCACCAUCAUUAUUACCACCUAAUCCUACAAUGAAAUCAACUCAAAUUCAUAAAAUUAAAACUUUUUGGACGCCACGUUUCUUUCAAUCUAUAUCAUUUAUAUGCUAA